GACGAGCAAGGGUUAGCGGGAGAAGAUUUUUUUUUGAAUCUUUUCUUCGUGGUGGUGCGAAAGAAGCGACUCCGGGCUCUCGUCCUCGAAGCUCUCACCGGAUUGUUCCUUGACGCUAACACCCGUCGGUGGAUUCCUCUCCUAUUUGCAUUUUAUUCUGACCCCCACCCUCGCUGCUUCCUUCCAGCCCUUCACUCCCAAAUCGCCUCUCCCCUACCUCCCCAGUCCGCUCCUGGGAAGCGCAGGGGAAUUGGACCCACGGAGACUCACGCCUUCCCGGACCAGCGGGGGGGAGGACAGAGCGAGGACCGGGCUCUCGGCUCGUAAAGCAGAUAUACCCUCAUAUACGUGUAUAUUUGAUUAUAGUGGACAAGGGGGCGUCGAGAGGCAGCCCACCGCCCUCCUUACCCCCCCCACCCCAGAGGCGAGAAUCGCAGGACUCGGGAUCUUCAUCGGGUGGACUAGCUUGGGAUCUCCGCAUUGGAUUUGGGGCUGAUUAUCACUGCUUGGCUAUUAUUAUUGUUGUUGUUAUUAUUUUUCUUACCCAAGGGAGAAAGAAAAAAAAGACACAAAAAACUGUGGGAUUUAUUUAACAUGAUCUUGGCAAACGUCUUCUGCCUCCUCUUCUUUUUAGACGAGACCCUCCGCUCUUUGGCCAGCCCUUCCUCCCUGCAGGGCCCCGAGCUCCACGGCUGGCGCCCCCCAGUGGACUGCGUCCGGGCCAAUGAGCUGUGCGCCGCGGAAUCCAACUGCAGCUCCCGCUACCGCACGCUGCGGCAGUGCCUGGCGGGCCGGGACCGCAACACCAUGCUGGCCAACAAGGAGUGCCAGGCGGCCCUGGAGGUCCUGCAGGAGAGCCCGCUCUACGACUGCCGCUGCAAGCGGGGCAUGAAGAGGGAGCUGCAGUGCUUGCAGAUCUACUGGAGCAUCCACCUGGGGCUGACCGAGGGUGAGGAGUUCUACGAGGCCUCACCCUAUGAGCCGGUGACCUCCCGCCUCUCGGAUAUCUUCAGGCUUGCUUCAAUCUUCUCAGGGACAGGGGCAGACCCGGUGGCCAGCGCCAAGAGCAACCACUGCCUGGAUGCCGCCAAGGCCUGCAACCUGAACGACAACUGCAAGAAGCUGCGCUCCUCCUAUAUCUCCAUCUGCAACCGCGAGAUCUCGCCUGCCGAGCGCUGCAACCGCCGCAAGUGCCACAAGGCCCUGCGCCAGUUCUUCGACCGCGUGCCGGGCGAGUACACCUACCGCAUGCUCUUCUGCUCGUGCCGAGACCGCGCCUGCGCCGAGCGCCGCCGGCAGACCAUCCUGCCCAGCUGCUCCUACGAGGACAAGGAGAAGCCCAACUGCCUGGAUCUGCGCAGCGUGUGCCGCACGGACCACCUGUGCCGGUCCCGGCUGGCAGACUUCCAUGCCAAUUGUCGUGCCUCCUACCAGACGCUCACCAGCUGCCCUGCCGACAAUUACCAGGCGUGUCUGGGCUCCUACGCCGGCAUGAUUGGGUUUGAUAUGACACCCAACUACGUGGACUCCAACCCCACUGGCAUCGUGGUGUCCCCCUGGUGCAGUUGUCGUGGGAGUGGGAACAUGGAGGAGGAGUGUGAGAAGUUCCUGAGGGACUUCACCGAGAACCCAUGCCUCCGGAAUGCUAUCCAGGCCUUUGGCAACGGCACAGAUGUGAACCUCUCCCCUAAAAGCCCCUCAUUCCAGGCCACACAGGCCCCUCGGGUGGAGAAAACGCCUUCUUUGCCAGAUGACCUCAGUGAUAGCACCAGCCUGGGGACCAGCGUCAUCACCACCUGCACAUCUGUCCAGGAACAGGGGCUGAAGGCCAAUAACUCCAAAGAGUUAAGCAUGUGCUUCACAGAGCUCACGACCAAUAUCAUCCCAGGGAGUAACAAGGUGAUCAAACCUAACUCAGGCCCCUGCAGAGCCAGACCGUCAGCUGCCUUGACCGCUGUCUCCUUCCUGAUGCUGAAGCUGGCCUUGUAGGCUCUGGGACCCAUGUCGGGGGAUUUCUGGAAACUACGCAGAUGAGAACACCCGCCUGACAACGUGGAAACACACACACACACACACACACACACACACACACACACACACACACCUUGCAAAAAAAUUUUUCCCCACCUUGUCUCUGAACCUGUCUCCUCCCAGGUUUCUUCUCUGGAGAAGAUUUUCUAAACCAAACAGACAAGCAGGCGGGCAGCCUGAGAGCUGGCCCAGAGGUCCCUCUGCAAGGGAAACCCAGCACUGAGGAGGGUGCAAGAGUCUAGAAAUGUCCUUCACUUUCUCCUGGUGUUUUCCCCUCUGGACCCCACUGACGUAAGAGACUAAGAUGACACCCCUGUGGCCCGAAGGACUGUGGCUGUGCUGAUGUGAACUGGGGCCAGGGACCCCCAUGGGCGGCUUGGCAGAGGGCGUCGGGCAGCGGAGCAGCCAGGCUGGAUGCUGGGGGUCCAGCUGGGCACCUCACCACCUCCACUUGGCUUCGAGGAUGGAGUUUAUUUUGCCCUCUCUGUCUGCAUCUGACCUGGGAACCCCCAGUGAUGCUUGUGGAGGGCAUGGUACCAGGCCCCCUGACUGUGGCACAGAGGGGCUUCUAGGGCCAGCUCCAGGGCGCUUGGGAGCUCAGCCCUCUGGGGACACCCCUUGGGCAAAGGGAGCAAAACUUGGGCACCAGCUCAAGGCUGCUGUUUCCUGCUUGGUGGCAGGAAUUUUGAAAUCAAAGAGAAAUGAUCCUUCGUUGGCUCUUUUGGUUUCUUGUGGGUUCAUUUGGUGGGUCUCCUACCAGGGAGAGGGGUCUGUGUGAGGGGCAUGGUGGGACACCUGCCAGCACCGUGCUCUGCUGGCCGCACUCUCUCCUCCUCUCAGCCCCCUGUUCCUCUUUUCCACGUUCUCUCCUCAUUUCCCAGACAAGCGCCAACUCUAUGUACAUAACACAACUCCUUUCUCAACAUAUAUGUAUAUAUACAUCCAUAUACAUAUAUUGUGUGGUUUCUCCUUUUUUCCUUUUUUUAAGAAACAAAACUAUCAAAGUAAUACCCCAACAAAUGAGCGAAAAUGUAUUAUUGUAAAGUUUAUUUUUUUUAACAAUGUUGUCUAUAAUGGGAAACAAAGGAGAUUGACUCCCUGUGUCUCUGCCCCCGUUGGGCUGACUGGGCUGUGGAAAGGGGUUCCUGAUCCGUAUUCAUACUUAGCCAAGGCUCCAAUAAACAUACUAGGAAGCAAUUUG